CGUGCACAGUGAGCUCGUGGGGGAUCGUGCGGAAAUGACGUAGCAGCAGGUCAGCUGAUCUGUGCUGAAGGGGAAAGAUGUCGACGGUGAACCAUCCAAGGAUGGAGGCUGCUUUUGUCGCUGUGCUGGCCCUCCUUCUAGUUGCCACCAAUGGUGUACAUGGAAACAGCUUGACAGUUCUGCAGGCUCCAGAGUUUGUCCCUUUCCAAAAAGGUGAAUGGCCAAUAUCUGGAGAGAAGGUCCCAGAUCUGGUAGCUUUGACUAUGGGCUUUUCCGUUCAAGAGGAGCUGUCCUGGCCAGGCUUGCAAGCCGGUCCAUUAUUUCAGCGUCCCAGAGCAAAUGUCCUUGUUGUAGUGAGAGGUGCUGAUAACCUCUCCCUGCCUCAGAAUGUUGCCAGUUAUCCCUUGGAAAAUGCUGUCCCAUUUACUUUGGAUAAUGUUGCAGAGACCGUUCACUCUCUGUUUGCUGAGGACACUCCUGUUGUGUUGCAGCUUGCCCCCAGUGAAGAAAGGCUGUAUAUGCUUGGUAAAGCUAAUGCUGUUUUUGAGGACCUGCCAGUCACUCUGCAGCAAAUUCGUGCACGUCUCUCCCAAGAAGGCUCAGUGCUAGCAUCUUUGCCACUGAACUCCCUCAGCAGAAAUUCAGAGGCGGAUCUGCUCUUCCUUUCUGAGGUCCAGGUGCUCCAUGAUAUUACAGCUUUGUUGCAGAGACAUAGACAUUUAGCUAAGGACCAUUCUCCUGAUCUGUACUCCCUGGAGUUGUCUGGACUGGAGGAGCUGAGCAGGCUCUAUGGAAAACAAUCCCCUCAAUACAAGGAUGCCACUGCUAUUCUUUCUUCUGUCUUACAAAAGUUUGCAGAAGAUGUGUACGGUCUGUAUGGCAACAGUGCGGUGGUGGAAGUUGUAACUGUGAAAACCUUCGAGGCUCCUUUGACCAGAAAGUCUCGGUCCAUUCUGGAAUCAAAGCAGAUUAGCAACCCAGGCAGCCCUUACAACCUGGCCUAUAAAUAUAACUUCCAGUAUGCUGUUGUGUUCAACAUUGUGCUGUGGCUAAUGAUUGCUUUGGCUCUUGCUGUUAUUGCUAUUGCAUACAACUUGUGGAACAUGGACCCAGGAUAUGACAGCAUAAUCUACAGGAUGACCAAUCAAAAAAUCAGGAUGGACUGAGUUCUGAUCAUUGUGAUCCAUAUUCCCACUGUCCACUUUGAAUGUUUGUGUUGUGUGUGAAGUUUUCCCUGUUGGGGAAAAGUGGUCUUGAUUUGAUUUGUUUUGUUUACAUGUUUAUGAAGUUUAUUGCACAGUAAUAUAUACACUGAAAAAGGAGAGCCUUUUUUCCCAAAAGAUAUCAUUCCAUAAAACAGGACUGCUUCUUUCCUGGUUUGACACCUACUGAAGACAUUGUUUUGAUUGGUUAUUGUAUAAAUAUUGUAAUGUUUUGAAGAGUGUGUCUGGCUCAUGUGAUGUGCUUGUCUUGCUGUAUAAAAGAAGUUAUAAAUUAUGUGUAUAUAAUGAAUUUAGGAAAAACAACAUAAUAUCACUUGCUGUUGUCUUGUGAUCAAAUGCUCAUACUUGAUGCACAUGUUACAGGAUACUAAAUUAAAUGAAGAUUUACUGGCUGUUUGAAAUGAAAUAAAUCUCUCCAUUUACAUUUA